UUAACACAUAAGGACAUUACAAUGGUGAUGUAUAUGCUAUUAUGUCUACAUAGUUUAUCGUAUCUUCUGAGAGUGGAAGCGCAAGAAAAUACAAAAAUACUCUAUUCCAACAGAGAUAAAAUUCUUCUAUUGUACACAGACACGUUGAGUGAGAAAGUAAUAGUAGAUCCAUCAUCGGAAGUCGUUGCUGUUGAUUAUCAUCCAGGACAGAACUUAAUUUUCUGGACGGAAAUAGGACCUGCGACAAUAUCCAGAUUACAAUAUUCAUUGAUUGACAAUAGUGCCACUGCAGUAACAGUUAUUAUUUCGGAAAGCAUUGAAAAUCCUGAAGGCAUCGCUAUCGAUCCGUUUCAUGACCAUGUGUAUUGGGUAGACAGUGGUACUGAUCAGAUAGUGAGAGCAAACCUUGACGGCUCAAACAGAACAAUUAUAGUAAACUCAAACCUUGACAAACCUAGAGCAAUAGAACUGGAUCCUUCAAAUGAGAUGAUUUAUUUUAGUGACUGGGGGUCAAAUCCUAAAAUAGAAAGAUGUAAAUUUGAUGGAAGUAAUAGGCAAGCAAUUAUUACAACUGAUGUUUAUUGGCCAAAUGGAAUAGCUUUGGAUUUGACAGAAGAAAGGUUGUUUUGGUGUGAUGCUGGGCUUCAUCAAAUCAAAUCAGCUAACUUCGAUGGUUCUGAUGUUCAGUUGAUCCGUAAGAGUUCAUUUCAGAUUGGACAUCCUUUUGAUAUUGAAGUUGAUGGAAAUCAUCUGUAUUAUGGCAGCUGGAAUCAUGAUGCAUUAUUUAAAAUAUCAAAAGUACCUCAAUCGUUUCCUGAACUCAUCGUAGAAAUACAACCAAAUGAUCCCAUGGGUUUAAAAAUAUACAGAUCUAACAAAGGGAACUGUUACAACUAUGUCACUUUAGAAAAUGAAGAAAAAAGAUCGACCGGAUAUGCCCUGAGUUCACCAAAAGAAGAAUAUAUCAGCGACGAAGGUCUGGAACCAGGAUGGUAUAGAAUAAUUAGUGAAAAUGGAGAUUAUAUGCCGAUUUCUACCCCAGGGGUUGAAAAAUGUGGAACGUAAAUCCUAUAUGGUUGAAUGGUAAUAUCUCGUAACACAUUUUAUUUACUUCAAAUCAAUGCAAAUAUAUCGUUGUAAGAGAAAUAUUUCAAAUAUUCAAUUUUUGUAAAAACAAAAUAGUUCUUGAUUAAGAUUUUAAAUGACGAAUUCAAAAAUUGUAUGAUAACUUUUUUUUUUUUGAAGAAAUUUCAUCCUAGGGCUACGCUAGAUGAUCAGGCUUUAUAAAAUGUUUGAAGGUACCUAAAAAGCGAACCAGGAAUAAAUUCCAUGGCGGUCGAAUAUAACGAAACUUUCGGUUCAGGGUACGACGAUAUGACAACAGAUUAACCAGUAAUACGUAGUCUUGGUAAAUAGGAAUAUACGAGUAAAUCGACUUAUCUAUUGUUUAUUAUAAUUCCAAUCUAGAUAAAUAUUUACAUAAAAUACAGUUUCGAAUUAAAAUCACAUAUACAAAUGUUGGAGAAACUAUUAGGCUAUCGGCACAUAACUUCCAAAAAUCCUUAUAUACCCACUGCCACCAACUACGUACCAAGAAUUCGACCUAAAUCAUAACUUUGGAAUAACAGAUAAUUUGAAUAUCAUAUCCGCAACGUCAACAUCUACAAAUUGUUCUUUACUUUGCAUAUCAGUUCUAAUAGUAUACAUUUAAAAAAUUAUGUUACAUCUUUAGUUUUAUAUGUUGUGUUUUUUAUACUGUUUUUGUCUUUUUCGUUUUUAGCGUUGUCAGUUUAUUUUCUACUUU